AUGUAUGCCACCACUGCCCACCACCCCUGGAGAUGCCAGUGCCUCUGGCCACCCCAGUGGAUGCCACCACCGCCCGCCAUCCCCGGCAGUGCCAGUGCUGCCCUUCCCCCCCCCCCCCUGGACGCCACCACUGCCCCCACCAGUGCCAGUGCCACCCGCUGCCCCCCUGGAAGGCACCACUGCCUAGUGCCCCUGGCAGUGCCAGUGCUGCCCCCCGCCCCCCUCGACGCCACCACUGCCCCCAGCGGUUGCCAGUGCUGCCCUCCGCCCCCUGGACGCCACCACUGCCCCCAGCAGUGCCAGUGCCACCUGCUGCCCCCCCAGAAGGCACCACUGCCUAGUGCCCCUGGCAGUGCCACUGCUGCCCUCUGCCCCCCUGGACGCCACCACUGCCCCCAGCGGUGCCAGUGCCACCCGCUGCCCUCCUGGAAGGCACCACUGCCUAGUGCCCCUGGCAGUGCCAGUGCUGCCCUCUGGCCCCCUGGACGCCACCACUGCCCCCAGCGGUGCCAGUGCCACCCGCUGCCCCCCUGGAGGCACCACUGCCUAGUGCCCCUGGCAGUACCACUGCUGCCCUCCGCCCCCCUCGAGGCCACCACUACCGCCAGCAGUGCCAGCAGUGCCGCUGCCCCCCUGGAGGCACCACUGCCUAGUGCCCCUGGCAGUGCCAGUGCUGCCCUCCGCCCCCCUGGACGCCACCACUGCCCCCAGCAGUGCCAGUGCCACCCGCUGCCCCCCUGGACGCCACCACUGCCCCCAGCGGUGCCAGUGCCACCCGCCGCCCUACUGGGCACCACCACUGGCCACCGCCCACAGUGGUGCCAGUGCCGCCCGCCACCCCCUUGGAUGGCACCACUGCCCACCACCCCUGGAGAUGCUAGUGCCGCCCGCCGGCGCACUGGACGUCACCACUGUCUGCAGCUAUCGGCGGUGCCAUUGUCGGUUGCCAGGAUGUUGCCAGCUCCAAUCUGUCCAGUCACCGAGUCGAUCACUGCUAAAUGA